AUGUUCUCCAACACAAUCUUUACAACGGCAGUCACCUGUGGCCUGCUUGCCUCCUCUGUCAACGCACACAUGAUCAUCACGAGUCCCGUCCCAUACGGCAAAGACUCACUCAACAACAGUCCACUGGAAGCUGAUGGAUCGGACUUUCCAUGCAAGCAGCGCGCAGGAGUCUAUGAUAUGGGUACCAUGAACAGCAUGGCAGUCGGUGUUCCCCAGACUCUCAAGUUCCAAGGUGGAGCCACGCAUGGUGGUGGAUCUUGCCAAAUCUCCCUCACCACGGACGAUAAACCUACCAAGGACAGCACCUGGAAGGUUAUCCACUCCAUCAUUGGUGGAUGUCCGAAUGGAGCAGCUGGCAACGCAAACGGCUCUCCUACUUUCGACCAGAACCCUACCUUCGAGUUCUCCAUUCCCAAAGACGUACCCGAUGGCAGGUACACCCUGGCCUGGACCUGGUUCAACAAGAUCGGCAACCGCGAGAUGUAUAUGAACUGUGCACCUAUCACCGUCACUGGAGGCUCAUCUAAGAGCAAGAGAGGUCUUGACAGCCUACCAAACAUGUUCGUCGCCAACAUCGGCAAUGGCUGCACGGUUGCGGAAAGCCAAGACUUUGUCUUCCCUCAAUGUGGUCUGUACGCCGAGACCGCCGCAAAGACAGCUCUUGGAAGUUCGACCUCUGGUACUUGCGCAACAGCAGCAGCCGGCGGAUCUGGUUCCGGCUCCGGGUCUGAUUCUGGUGCAGCGCCAUCAGUGACCGCAUCCUAUGGAUCUGGCGCUGGCGCUGAUGCUGGCUCAGGCGCAAGCGCUCCCGCUGGCUACGCAUCGUCCGCAGCCGCAGCAGCGCCGACUGGCUAUGGAGGAGGAUCUGGUGCGGCGCCGACCAGUGCUCCAGCCGCUCCCGCCUAUGGUGGCGCUGCGACCUCUGCAGCGGCCCCUCCAGCGUAUUCGUCGCCGAGCGAGCAAGGCAGCGGUGGCGGAGCUGGUGACAGCGGUAGUGGCAGUGGCGGUAUGGAGACAGUUGUCAACAUGCACACCGUCACCACCUGGGCAACCGUCACGGGCACCGGCGAGGCACCAGCUGGCCACACUCCACCGACAGCCUAUUCUGGAAGUUCUGGAUCAGACGCAUCAAGCUCAGGCUCCUCGGCUCAGGCGAACACCAACGAGACUUCUUCAGGCAGCAGUGGCAGCUGCUCUGGCCAAACAUGUACCAACGAAGGCGAUGUGGUCUGCAUCGGCAGCAACCAAUGGGGUAUCUGUGACUCCGGCUGCGGUGUCGCCAGGUCUCUCGCUGACGGCACAACCUGUUCGAACGGUGUGAUCGGCAAGCGUGACAGGACCGGCCACUUGCGUAGACACAUCUACAGCCACGGCGGGAGUUUCUAG